AUGCCACCCUCAAAGAAAGCGCGACUACGAUCAGAGAACAUGUCAAUGGACUCAAAACAACGGGCCACAUCGACGCCAGGAUCGACAUGUGCCACAACACCUGAUCCAUCUAUGGACACUGACUCAUCACUCACCGACGCUCAAAUCUCCAUUGCCGACCAGGUCAACUACUGGCAAAGCAUCAGCCCCGACGUGACGGGCAUGCUCGGUGGCUUUCCACAAGUCUCGCGCAUCGACGUCCAGUUCUCACGCAACUUCAUUCAAAAACUUCGAAGAUUCGACAUGAAGAAUGCGAUCCAGACGAACAACAACAACAACAACCAAUCCGAACCCCAAUCCACCGGUCCGACCGAGAAGUCAACAGGAUCGUUCGCAUUCCAACACGCCUUGGAGCCCGGUGCCGGCAUCGGGCGAGUGACGCUCAAUCUCCUCGCGCCAUUGUGCGCCAAGAUCGACAUAAUCGAGCCGAUCGAGAAAUUCACCGCCGUGCUCACCGCGCCCGAGAGCCCGCUUGUGAAAGCGCACCAGCUGCAGCGAGUAUGGAACCUCCCACUGCAAGAGUGGACAGCCGACGCGACUCCAUCACACCAGCACCCCGAGUCCACCACCCUAAACAAACCACAAUACGACCUCAUCUUCAACCAAUGGUGCCUGAACCACCUGUCGCUCGCGUCUCUCAAAUCGUACUUCCAGUCCCUGAUCCCCCUGCUCCUCCCCGGCGGCUGGAUCAUCGUCAAGGAGAACCUGUCGACCGACGCAUUCGGCGCCGACGUCUUCGACGCCGAGGACAGCAGCGUCACCCGCAGCGAUGCGAACUGGAGACUGGCCUUUGACCAAGCCGGGCUCAAGGUCGUCAAGACAGAGCUGCAGACGGGGUUCCCCAAGGAACUGGGCUUGUUUCCCGUUAGGAUCUAUGCGUUGAGGCCGAGAUGA